CUUGUUGUGAAAAUUUAAUAGAGGUUCAUGAGUCCGUAGGAAGUCUUGAUAAGCUUGAAAUCUGGAACCUCAAUAGCUGCAUAAAACUCGAGAUUCUUCCAAGCCGCCUCAUGCUGAGAUCUCUUAAAUGUUUUGAUCUAAGUUGAGAAGUUUCCUAGUAUUCACCCAGAAAUGAAAUGUUUGGAGGAUUUAUUUAUGACUAAUAGUGGCAUUAGAGAAUGGCCUUUAUCGUUGACGCAUCUCACCAAAAGGCUUAUCCACUUAGAGCUAUCAAACAAUGAAAACCUUGGGAAUUUUCUGGAUAGCCCCAAUAAAAUGCAACUGGUUAAGGAAAUAGAUAUCCCCACUGCCAAUUCCUUUGAUGGGUUUCUGUGCUUGAGAGCUCUGCAUCUCAACUAUUGUGAUGAAUUAUAUUUUCAUUACUUCCCCCAAUUGGGAUGUCUUCAUAUAUUUGACUCCAAUAUUGUUAGUAUUCCCGAGAGCAUUAGCAGAUUUCCUAAAUUAGAAAAGAUUUACAUCAAAAAUUGUAAGCAGCUUCGGCAGAUUCCAAUGCUUCCACAAUCUGUAAGACAUGUGGUGGUAAAGAAAUGCCCGUUGUUGGAUCCACAAUCAUCAAGCAGAUUAUUGAAUCAGUUUGGAGAAAUUCUAGGGAUUCUACCGAAUAGAGUCCAUGAAGGUGCAAGAAGCAACAUGUUAAUUCAGUGCUUCGACUCUGAGCCUGAUUAUCUUGUACUUCCAGGAACAGAGAUUCCAAAGUGUUUGAAAUUCAACCAUCAGAGUUUUGGAAAUUCUUUAUCUUUCUGGGUUGGUCAAAAUUUUCCAAAAAUAGCUAUCUGUAUUGCUUUUCGAUCAGCAGAGGCAUAUCUAGACAAAAUUUGUUGUGUUAAGAUUUCCAUCAAUGGUUGUAAACAAGAAUUCAAUUGCCUAUGUACGGAAGAAAGUUCUGAGGAACUGUGGUUAUUUUCUAAAUCUCUUGGGCAAUUGAAUAAACCAAAUCUAUCUGAACAGAAUCACAUUGAGGUUGAGGUUAUAUGAAAAAUCAAGGGCCUCAAUAAUAGUUG